GAUUUCAACGAAUGCGAAAAGAAGACACAUUAUUGUCACCCAUUUGCCCAAUGUGUCAAUGAACGUGGAUCCUAUUCAUGCAAGUGCAAGCCUGGAUUAGUUGGAAAUGAAUUUCAAUGUCAGACCCCGAGAUCCUGCUCUGAAAUCAGGAAAAGCGUCAGCAACGUAAGCAGAAACUAUGUGAUUGAUCCAGAUGGCGAGGGAGGUCUGCCACCAUUCACAGUUAACUGUGACAUGACUGACAAGAAUGGUGUUGGCGUGACAGUCAUCAGUCACGACAGUGAGAGUAGAACUCAUGUGAAUGGUUAUGAAGCUCCAGGUAGCUACUCACGUGACAUUCAUUACACAGGAGCGAGUCUUUCACAGUUGGCGAAACUCACCAGUGUCUCUUCACACUGUGAGCAAUUCAUUAAAUAUGAGUGUUACAAUUCUUAUUUGCUUCGCACUGGCCAUGCCUGGUGGGUGUCACGUGAUUCUACUAAGAUGACAUACUGGGGCGGAGCAUCACCUGGCAGUGGUAAGUGCGCAUGCGGGAUGACCAAAUCAUGUACAAACCCCAGUUAUGUUUGUAACUGUGACGCCGUAAAAUUAGCCUGGUAUGAAGACGGCGGUCUCCUGACUGACAAGACAAAGCUCCCAGUUAAACAGCUCAGGUUUGGUGAUACUGGUGGUGAUAAGGAGGAAGGUUACCAUACGCUGGGGAAAUUGAAAUGCUAUGGAGUAGCGUAA